ACACUAAAAUGAUAAUAAAACAAACUUAAUCAAGUUUUAUAAAAAUAAUUGCUAUAAAAUAUAUUUUAAAGAAAAAAUAUUAAUUGUAUUUGUGAAAAUAGUGCAGUUAUUAUAAAGUGCAGAAAAAAUAACAAAGUGACGUCAUUGUUUAGAAAGACAAACAGCCAUUUACUACUAGAACAAAAACAAGCAAAGAAAAACAUUCGUCAUCGUCUCUGUUUUUUCGUUUUUUUGCUUUUCUAUUUAGUAUUGUUUUUGUUUUUUGUUAGUGACACCUUAAUAUAACCACCAAAUGGGGUGGUAAAUAACAACAACAAUAAGUAAAAGAUUAAAAUUGAAACGGUGCUGAAAGUUUAAUUAAAAAAAAAUCCAAAAAAUGUCAAAAUCAAACAAGAAAAUGUUUUAAAAAUACACAAAAUCUGUGUAAUUUAAAAAAGAAAACGCACAAAUGUUAAAUGAAAUUUUAAAGUUUUAAUAAAAGAAAAUAGUUUUUUGUUAAAUAAAAACGAAAAACUAAAAUUUUAGUAAAAAAUCAAAUAUUUUCAUAAAAAACCCAACUAGUGACGAACCUGUUAAAGGUUUAUCUCUAAAGAAAAAAAUAUUAAUAAAGAUUUAAAUUUUAUCAGCGUUUAAGAGGAGAACAAAUUUAAAAGUUUUUCAUCAUCAUGCCAGCUAUGGGUAGUGUUUGGAAACGUUUGCAGCGUGUUAAUAAACGUGCUGCCAAAUUUCAAUUUACCGCUUCAUAUCAUGAACUACACCUGGAGACCACCGCCAAAUGGCGUCCUUCAAAUUUGUCCGUAGUUUGGACUAGACGUUCAAGACGCGUGGCUUCAUCACCGCUGCCUUGGGAACCCGAUAUGAUGAAUCCGCUGGUCGGUAAUGUCUCUUGGCCAGUUCCCGAUAAUCAUUGUAUAACCGUAACACUCUUCAAGGAUCCCCGCACCCACGAAUUAGAAGAUAAAGAUUGGACUUUUGUUAUAGAAGAUAUAACUCCCAUGGGUAAAAAGCGUGUUUUAGCCAAUGCCAAUAUAAAUAUGCGUAAAUAUGCCAGUAUUGAGUCAACGCAACAAAGUUUUACUUUAAGUCUAAAACCGGUAUCACGUAAAGUGACAGCAGCCGAAUUAGAAUUGACCAUAAGUUGUGUAUUUUUGCGUGAAGGCAAAGCUACCGAUGAAGACAUGCAAAGUGUGGUUUCCUUAAUGUCUGUCAAUAAUAACUGUGAUGUAGCUCCUUUGGAUGAUUUAGAAGAUAUACCAGAUUUGGAAAAUUCCGCUGAUAUAUCUGAUCAUUUGUAUGAUUUCACUCAACAAUUGGAACAAAUGACUACCAGUCUAAAUGGUUGCAUGGAUUUACCUACGCCUUUGAGUGUACCUUCUUUGUCAGAAGAUCCAACUCCAUUGGCUGAAGUUAAUAAUAUAAAUUUUGAACUUGAAUCAGAUAAAUAUCCUUAUUCACCCAUGAAUGAUGAGCAUAAUAAUGAUGAUAUUGAUGAUGAUUUCAAAGAGGAUUUAUUAAAAACACCAAGUGCUGCAGCAGCAACAACAACAACGGCUGCCACAACACUGCCGUCAUCGACACAAAAAGUUCCUAGCGAUGAACAAUUAGCGGAUAAAGCAACGAAAAAAGAUUUUAUGAAACCUAUGAAAAUGGUUACCUCAACACCCAUAACCAAAGUGAAUGAAAAGAAAUCUGAAGAUGUGGUUAAGUUGGAGCAAAAAGUGCGUAAAGGUUUAAAAUUCCCCGAGGAAUAUGAGCAACAAACCAAAGAGUUGGGAAACCAGCCACCAAAAGAGCAAGAUUCUUUCAGCUCUUUGGAGUAUUCAUUUGAGAAAAUAAAAUCUCCUGAUUCCACACUCAAUGAAUCCACUGUAACCGCCACGGAACUUUCUAUAGAAGAUAAAACUAAAACGCCUACAACUAUGCUAAUAACAAACACAACCACGAAUAAUAAAACUCAGGAUGUUAAUGGAAAAACCACAAACUCCUCAAAUCAAGAUAACGCUUUAACUAAAGACUCCCCCAAGGAAGUUGCCACUAAACAAACAAGCGAAAAUAAACGUCCUGAGUUACAACCAUUGAAUUUAAAGAAAUCCUAUGAGAAUAUAGAACCUUCCCCGGUACCCACGGCACCAACAGCAAAUAAUACCAAUAAUACAAAUACCUCUAAUACGAAUGGUUAUCUAACAGUGAGUUCGCAACAGCUAACCACUAAUAACACAAAUAAUUCAUCCUUAAAACCGGUGGAAAAGAUUAUACUCAAAGAAAAUACUCCCGGACAAGAUUUACUUGAAUGGUGCAAAGAAGUUACCAAAGAUUAUCCCAAUGUUAAGGUUACCAAUCUGACCACCAGUUGGCGUAAUGGCAUGGCUUUCUGUGCCAUUAUACAUCAUUUUGAACCCAAUCUAAUAGACAUGUCUAAACUAACACCACACGAUGUGGUGGGUAAUUGUCGUAUUGCCUUUGAUGCGGCUGAAUCAUUGGGUAUACCACGUGUCAUUGAGCCACGUGAUAUGAGUUUAUUGGCCGUACCCGAUAAAUUGGCCGUUAUGACGUAUUUACAUCAAUUGCGUGCUCAUUUCACCGGCAAACAACUACAAAUUGAACAAAUUGGUCCCACUUCUGAUGAAUCCAGUUAUGUUAUUGGCAAUUAUAAAACCGACAAUUUAUCAUCACAAAAUUUACUCAAUUUAUCACAUUUGAAAGCACAACUGUUGCAUCAGAAUUCUUUGGAUGACGAUAUCUUUGGCCUCGACAAUAAUAAAUCCCAGUUAUCGCCUACCGCCAAAAAAGAUGUUAAGAAUUUAAUACUUUCCGGUUCGAAGAGUAUACUGGGUAAGGUAUUGUCACCCACCCACAAGGAUAAGAAUAGCAUAAAUGCUUCUCAACAUUCGAAUUUGAGUAAUCUGGCCGUUAAUACUCCUUCGUCGCCUUUAAUCGAGGAUAAUAAUGUUUCUCUCGACACUAAUGAGGAACUGGAGAAACUUAACUCUUCAAAUCAAGAGAAUAUAUCCUUUAAUGCACAACAACCGGUCAAAGAACCCUCUUCGCCCACAGCUUUAGAUCCUAAUACCACAAAUAAAAUUUUAUCACGUCAUAAAGAACAAAGUGAAAAGGCUCGUAUCAUGAUGGAGAAAUUAAGAAUUUCUCAAAAUGAUAAAAAUAAUCAUGAUGAGGAACGUCAACAACGUUUACGUGAACAAGCCAGACGUUUAAUACUCGAAACACGCAACAAAUCCUCUAAUAACAGCAGUUUGGAAAGUCCAACCUCACCCACAAAACCAAAACGCUACAAUUUCACCUCAGAACGCACGAUUUCACCGAUCAACAACACUUUAGAGUUAGAGGAGAAUGUUUCGACAUCACCGAAACAACAGCUAUCGCCAACGAAGAGAAUAACACCACCACGUGAUAAUGACAGUAGUAGUAAUCUAAAUAAAUUAAGUCCUAGUCAUAGAAUAAGUUUAACCAAUGGUGGCAGUACUUUACAAUCUUUCAAUAAUGUCAUGGAUAGAAUAGCAACACCAAAGACCGAGAAUAUGGGCGAGAAACUGUCUUAUAUACAAUCCGAAUUAGAGGCGCUGGAACGUGAGCAAGUGGCGGUGGAUCAAAAGGCCAACAGUCUGGAGAAGAAAUUGCGUGCUGUUAUGGGCGGCAAACCAAGUAAUAAUAGAACUAAAUCAAAUUCAUUUAUUAGAUUAAUACGUAAUAGUAUUGGUGGUGGUGAAACUAUACGCAUUAAAUUAUUAGAUAUAGAAAAUGGUGAACUGUCGCUUACGCCCACGGGUAGCACAGAUUCAUCUACAGCUUCCUCUUCAUCCUCAAUUUCAAGUGAUGAUGAUGAUAAUAAUGAUCAUUUAAGACCUCAUGUAGUUGGUAAUACUAGACGUUUGCGUAAACGUCAACAUCCCAAUAUAAAAAGACAACGUUCACAAUCUUGUGUUGUUGAGUUGCAUCAUCACGAACCCCCAGAACCAUCAACUACAACAACACAUUUACGACAUAAUAAUAAUAGUAACUUUACCGAAGAAACGGAGGAGCAGCUGUUAUCUCAAUGGUUUACUUUGGUUAAUAAAAAGAAUGCUUUAAUCCGACGUCAAAUGCAAUUGAAUUUACAUGAAAAAGAAUGUGAAUUGGAACACAAGUAUAAUCUUCUAAAGGAGGAACUUCGUGCUGCCCAAUCUGUGGAAGAUUGGCGUAAAACUGAAGCUCAACGUGAGAAGGAACGUGUGCUUUUGGAAAAAUUGGUGGCAAUUGUUGAUAAGCGUAAUGAAUUGGUGCAGUGUUUACACAAUGAGGAACAAGCUAUCGAAGAUGAUCAUGAAAUUGCCCGCAAUUUGGAACAAGUCAAUAUUAGUGGCAAUAAUGAAAAAUGUGUUAUUUCUUAAAGAGCUUUCCUAGGCGGGAAACAGAGAAAAUCGAAUAAACCACAACAAAUACAACUAUAACAACAACCAAAAGGAAUUCAAGAGACUUCCAUGACUGUGUGUAAAACCAAAACCAAACAACUAACAACAACCGCAUCAAUUUAUUUAAUUUUUUUUUUUAACAAAAAUUGACAAAAACGGCGUUUAAAUAUUAUAAAAAUUAACUUUAAGUUUCUGUCUUUUUUUAAAAAACCAAACGAAAAAGUAUAAAAACUAAGCGUGCAAACAAAAAUGUUCACAGAUUUGAAUAACGAAAUGAAAAUCUUUAUGUGUCUAGCUUUAUAUAUUUUAUAAAAUAUAUAUAUUUAAUCAACAAAACAAAAACAUACAUAUAAAACAAAACAAAUCAUUAUAUAAAAGAAAAAUAAAGAAAAUUAUUUACGAAAAAGUAUAACGAUUUAUGAACUACACAAUAAAAACAAAAAAAAAAAAAACAA